AUGCCGUCCUUCCCUCACGCCUGGAAAGCUGGUAGCCCACCUCCUGGGGUGGGCAGUAGCUCCAGGAGUAUCCCGCUUUUCAACGCGCUGACAGCGACAGCUCAUGAGCUCCAGGCCUUGAUGAUAUCUGGCACACUCAAAAGCACAGAUCUUGUCGAGGAGUACAUCUGGAGGAUUGAGAAUCAUAAUUCCUAUUUAAACGCUAUAUUCGAAUACUCGCCCACUGCUAUGCAACGGGCGGCGGAUAUGGACUCGGCUCGACAAAAUGGAGAGUUUUUAGGCCCUUUGCAUGGCAUUCCCAUUGUGCUCAAGGACAACAUGGCAACCGACGAUUCUCUGGGCAUGAACACGACAGCCGGAGCCUCUUCUCUAUGGGGAUCAACACCCUCAAAGAAUGCAGCGAUAGUAAACCGAUUCCGGACGGAGGAUACAGAUCGGCUUUGGGGGGGGGGGGGGGGGGGGUCUUGGUCCGAUUUGAGAGUAGGAACUUUGGACGUGGAAAGUUGGCUCUAUCCCGAUGUGCUGGUUAAAUCUAGUACCCCCGAGGCAACUGAGCAGAUGAUAAGAGAGACAAGAGAGGCAUAUUGCCGGAUUGCGAAACUUGCAGGUUCAUAUCAUGAAAAUGUGGAUCUUCGUAGUGCAGCAGACUUUGUGAUGGAUGACGGAACGCACUCGAUCUCCGCCAUAUUUCAUGUGGAGUUCAAGGAUGAUCUUGCCAAUUAUCUCUCGACACUGAAAAAUUCCAAUAUACGAAGCUUACAAGAAAUGGUCGAUUGGAAUUCAGCCAACCCAAGCGAGGGCCUUCCGGAGGAAUAUCCGAGUCAGUCUUCUUUGAUUACGUCUCUGACGACAAAUUACUCCGACGAGAAAGUAGAAAGCAUUCAAAAGCACUACCGUGAGGUUGGCUCCAGUUUUGAGGAUACACUCAAGAAAUAUGACAUAGACGUCAUUAUUGGGCCCGGCGACUCGUUUUUUACAACAUUCGCAGCUGCGAAUGGAUGCCCAGUGGCCGCCAUGCCCCUAUCCUCCCUGGAUUUCAACGGUCGGCCUUUUGGGCUCAUGGCAAUGGCACGUCCCCAUGAAGAGGCUUUGCUGUUGAGAGUAAUGAGUGCAUUUGAGUCAAGUUUUUCCAGCAGGCAGAUACCGAAGGCCUUUCUAUCCCCGGGAAGCUCGAUCAUGGAUUUGAAAUCUAAGGUCAAUGUUCAAUGUUUAGGCACCCACAAGACUUUUGAGUAG